AGGAAUAUUUGAUGAUGAUUAUCGAAAAAAAUUAAUACAUUCUUAUGCUAAAUAAAGCAAACAAUAUUUCAUUCUUUCCGAACUUUCUUUUAUUUUGGAAAUAUAUUGUCAACAAAUAGACAUUAACCUAAGUUUUGCAGACACUUUUACUUCAUCUGUUUACGCUGCGAAAUGAUUUAGCGCCAAAAUUUUUGUAUGAGUAUGUGAGAGUUGCGAUCGGAAUUGUAUGGCAAAGUUUUAAGCUUUAUAUAAUCUUAUUUUUAAUGUUUAUUUCAAAGUGUAUAAUUACUAUUUAAUUUUUCCUUUAUCAUUCGUAAUACAGUAUGUCCCAAAAAAGUAUACUAUCUUUCUUUAAGCAUACAGAUAAAGGAAAGUCAAGCAAUGAGGAUAGUAAAAGUGCACCGGCUGUGGAAAAUAAUAGUCCAGUAAAGAAAGUAGCAAAACGAAAACGAGUUAAACAGUUGAUUGAAAGUGAUGAAGACUCUAGAGACAUUGAAAAGUCAAUGGCAAAAGUAUCAUAUCUUGGUUCUAAAACAGAAAAUGGGUGUAAUUUAACAGAUCAAAGUAAUGCAAUGGAAGUUGCUGAAGAUGGUCCUGAAAAGAAAGAGAUGAAUCAGCAUUUUGAAUGUGAGAAUGGUCAUUCCCCUUCAAUGCCUGAUCAUAGGCUGCUGUGCUCCUUUGGUGCUUCAUUAGCUCUGCACCAUAGCUUCAUUUUGUUAAGAACACUUUCACUAUGGAUAACGCCUGUUGCUUUGUUGCCAUGA